CGAGUAAACCGGAUCGAUUCGGCUUCAGCAAGAUCAAUAAUGUCAACGCUUGAGUGAUUCAUAGACCACGCCUUAGGCAUUGAUUGUCGAUAAAGACUAUACGAGCUAUCUGAUGUGUGAAGCCACGCUUGAAACGAGCAUUCUCAUUGGUUAAUUUUCUCACGUGAAUAACGGACCCGCCAAAUCUGAAAGGUGUAUAGCUUUUAUUUACGUUUGAUCGGUGGAUUUUAAAUAUUAAUGUGUAAGUGAUUUUAACAUUUUGAUCAGUGCCUUUAUUAUGUGAUCAUGUCAUUGUGCAAACCAAAAUUUGGAUUAAAGCGAAAAGCGUUCAUGAAACGCCGUGAGGAGAAUAUUAUUAGAACAUUAACGUAUCAGGAUUCUGAUGAAGGUAGUGGUCCCGAGGCAGAAGAUUCAAGUUUAGGAUCUAGCCCGCUGUGUUCCCCAGAAAGGCGAUCAGUGAACACCAGCACUCCUUUUGACCAGCCACCCGAGUUCUUGGAACUAGACAUGCCGGACUACAACCUGAUCGCCAGUCCGAAGUCCACUCGGCGGUUUCAAAGGCGACGGGCGCGGUGCUCCCCAAUGUUUGGCCUGGAGGAGGUUGAGGAGGAGGCACAACAGGUACCCGGAUCUGAUGCCACGAGUCCCGAGUCCGAGAACUCGCCUCCGCACAGGAAACUGCGGGCUCUCAGACUCUUUGACACACCACACACCCCGAAAUCACUGCUUGAAAAGGCCAGAAAACGACGCCCAACUGGAGACAAACCAAAGAUUGCAGUGGACAGACCGCAAGCAAACGUGAAUCCAUUUACACCGGGUCCAAACACGGAUCAGAACGACUCUGGCUAUUGUGGUAGUGGGAAAAGAACCCGAUCAGAUCUAGAGAGAAGCAUUCUCGAUGACUCGAUGGAAGAAGAAUUGGACAUAGAUAUGCCUGCAACCAAGAAACUGGCACUUCAUGAAAUCAACACAUCUCGGUAUAAUGAGGAAUUCCACGAAGUUUGCAAACUUGGCGAUGGUGCAUUUGGAAGCGUUUAUAAAUGUGUACAUCGGCUAGAUGGCUGCACAUAUGCGAUCAAGAAAUCCAAGACUCCUGUUGCAGGCAGUGUAUAUGAACGCAAUGCGAUGAAUGAGGUAUAUGCACACGCUGUUCUUGGAAAGCAUCCACACGUUGUAAGAUACUACUCAGCCUGGGCAGAGGAGGACCAUAUGUUCAUCCAGAAUGAAUACUGCAAUGGAGGCAGUUUGGCAGAGUAUGUUGAGGACCACAGGCGGACGGGCCAGCACUUCUCUGAAGUGGAGCUGACCCAGAUCUUGUACCAGUUGGCCCAGGGACUACGCUACAUCCACUCACAGAACCUGGUACAUCUCGACAUCAAGCCAGGUAAUGUGUUCAUUCAUCGCAACCCAAAGUUGAUGCAGUCCCCUGAGAGUGGCCUGGAGUCUUGUGAGGAGGAUGAAGAGUUUGAUGAACCAAUCAUCUACAAGAUAGGUGACCUGGGUCAUGUGACGUCCAUGUCCAACCCCAGCGUGGAGGAUGGGGACUGUCGCUAUCUGGCCAGCGAGAUCCUAGCAGAGAACUAUGAGCACCUCUCCAAAGCAGACAUCUUCUCCCUUGGACUCACCAUUUACGAACUGGGAGGAGGAGGCCCUCUUCCCAAGAAUGGCGAGGCGUGGCAGGCAAUACGUCGUGGGGAGCUUCCUGAACUGUCACACUACACCACGGAACUGAACUAUCUACUAAGGAGCAUGGUGAAGUGUGACCCCCGUGAGCGCCCAACUGCCCUGGCCAUCACUCAACACCCCGCCCUGUGCCCCCAGGGAAAGAAGUCAAGGGCCCAGCUCAGAAAGGAACUCAAUGAAGAACGCUUCAAGAACCAGCUGCUGUCCCAGUAUGUAAAGAAACUUGUUGAAGCCACACAAUGUCUGACACAAAAUACCACAAAGUUUGCCUUUCCGAAGUUGACUGUUGGAAACUCGAGGUUGAUAGGAAACAAGAUGAAGCGUAGCAUGAGCAUGACUGCAUUCUGACUUUAGCGGCUAACAACCAGCGUUUGAAUACCAGCUCCGUAGUGUUACAUUAAACACUAUUUAUGACUUAGUGUUACCAUCUUCUUUUUCGCUUCAAAAGAUUAUAUUUUUUUACUGUUAUCUCUGUAUUAAUUGGUUUUGUCAUCACAAUUUUUGGUAAAACAUUGAAUAGUUGUGUGUGCAAAAUACUAUUGCUAUGAAGUUUAGGGGCAUUACAGGAAGUCGGCAGCAGUAUUGAAAGUCUGUGAUCUGUCUAGGAAUCUUACAAUUUGUAAAUACCAGACUGUAAUAACCUGUGUACAUACAAGGUGGCAGUGCUUCCAAUGAAAUGUGUUCAAUACAAUCGUGUGCUAUAUUGAAAUUGUAAAGCAAAAUAUUGUCUAUUUACUACAGACUAUUAUAUACUUGGUUGAAUCAGGCGUGUGUCAGUGUGUGUGUUUAUGAAUUUGUUUACAUAAAUCAGUUAAAAAAAAUUAGCCAAACAAUUUUUGUUUGUUUCAUUAUUGUGAAACAAAUCUAAUGUUAAAAAUUAUUUUUAGGUAACCAGAAUAGCAAUGCCAAUGUGAACAAUUAUUUCAAGGUUUAUUCCUAGUAUUUCAAGUUUAAGUCCUAGUGUCAACAAAAAUGAUUAUCAUUAUAUCUGCUUUGCCUGUGUAGAAGUGUUUGUGUCACAAUUGAGCUGUUUUAAUGAUGGUUCAUGUAGAUUGUUCAUUUUAUAAAUGGUGUGUCUGGUUUGCAUCUGUUUCUAUUUUAUUGACUUUUUAAGCUUUAUAUUUGAAUUUACUAUUUUUUGUAAUGAAUGAUCUACAGUGAAAAAUGUUGGAGAGUUACUACAAUUUUAUUGUUGGUUUUUGAUGAAAUUCCUGUUUUAAGUUCUUUGUAAUCAAUGAUAAAAUUUUAGAAAGCAUCUCAGCAUUUUUACCUGUUGAUAUUGCAUAAAAGUUGUCGUUGGUUGUACAUGGACAUGCUUAGUAAUCCAUCAUGGAUAAAGAUCAAGCAGUUCCAGAUGUCAUCUUGCUGUAUGGUUGUAUGGCUGUUACCUAACCGAUAACAUUGCCCUUUUAAAGUGGCCCCACAUUUACUUUUCCAAUGGUGUAUUUUCAGAAAAAGAAGUUACAUUAUUGACAGUAAUUGUUUGUUUCUAAUUUUCAUUAUAGGUUUGUUUUCAUAAUUGCUUACUGCCAUCAUGAAAUCAUAUUUUGAAUUUAGUUACAGGGGCAGUUUAAUUGGAUGAAUGUGAAUGUUUCUAUUGUUGUUCUUUAGUUUCCAGGCUCUGCUAUUGUAUCUCACAUGUCUUGAACCCCACACAGAUAGGGGUAAUCAGUGCUCUUUGAUUGUAAAGAUUGUAGGAUUAUUUUGUGAAUAUUUUUGUGAUAAAAUUGUAAGCAUGUAAUUAUGGUAUAAAAUUGUGUAAAUAAAAGAAUACAAUAAAGAUAAGUAACCUA